AUGCUGUUCCUUCCGCUCUUGACGUUGGCUCUGCUCUCUGUGGCUUUCGCUGAGCCUCGGGUCUCUCCGCUGGUCACGCAUGAGAAGCGUUCGCACACGCCCGCAGGAUGGUCGCGCUCUCGUCGACAUGACUCGGCUGCGGUCCUGCCGUUGCGCAUCGGCCUCGUUCAGAGUAACAUGGACAAGCUAGAAGAGCUUCUGCUCGAUGUCUCUGGGCCGGAGUCGGCGAACUAUGGGAAACACUGGUCGGCUGGCAAGGUCGCGCAGACGUUCGCUCCGAGCAGAGAGACGGUCGAUACCGUCCGAGAGUGGCUGGGUGAUUCCGGCAUCGAGCCCUCCAGGAUAAAGCUCAGCGGCGCCAGGACAUGGAUAGAACUCAAUGCCACAAUUGAGGAGGCUGAGCGUCUUCUGAACACAGAAUAUCACGUCUAUUCGCAUUUCACCGGCAAGGAACACGUCGCGUGUGACAGCUACCAGCUACCCGAGCACGUCAGCAAGCAUGUCGACUUGGUCCUACCCUCCAUCCACUUCGAUGCCGUCAUCAAAAGAGACAACAAUCCAUCCGGCCACACGCUGCGCAACAUCGGUCAGCCCGGUGUCGGGCUAAAGCCAAAGACUACGGGAACAGUCAGUAGCAUCCUCAACCAGUUGGAGGCUUGCGAUCAACAGAUUACUCUGAUCUGUUUGAGGGCCCUGUAUGGAAUUGUUUAUGAGCCUGUCGCUACCAGCAAGAAUAGCUACGGGAUAGUCGAAUACACUCCUCAGGCGUAUCUGCAGACGGAUUUAAACAUGUUUUUCGGCAAUUUCACCCCUAAUCUUGUCGGGUCUUCCCCUAAAAUGGUGUCCAUCGAUGGAGGUUACGCGCAGACCGAGUACACAGGCUUUGAUUACAAUGGCGAGAGCGACUUGGAUCUCCAGUACGCGAUGUCUCUGGUUGAUCCGCAGCCUAUCACGCUGUAUCAGACUGGAGAUAUGGUCGAAGGCGCUUCUUUCAACAACUUCCUUGAUGCUAUUGACGGAUCAUACUGUACAUUCGAAGGUGGGGACGACCCCAACUACGACUCCAUCUAUCCGGAUCCCUAUGGUGGUGGUUAUGAAGGUCCCGAAGACUGUGGUACCGCCACCCCCGCCUAUGUCAUCUCGACGUCCUACGGCUAUAAUGAAGCUGAUCUCUCCCCGGCGUACGCAGCACGGCAAUGUGCUGAGUACGCUAAACUCGGGUUGAUGGGCACCACGGUUUUAUAUAGCUCUGGUGACGAUGGAGUAGCUGGGAAUGGCGAUCUCUGCCUAAAUUCUGACGGUUCUCAGACCGCUAAUGGUACCAUGUUCAACCCAAGUUUCCCCGGGACCUGCCCGUACGUCACGUCUGUCGGGGCCACCCAAGUGAAUCCGGGUGCCAGCGUUGCGGAGCCAGAGAGCGCCUGCAUGCAGGUUAUCUACAGCGGUGGGGGUUUCAGCAACUACUUCGCGAUGCCAUCGUACCAGGCAGCCGCAGUUGAGCACUACCUUACCGCCUACCCGCCACCUUACACCGCCAGCCAAUACAACGCUACGGGCAAGUCUAGAGGCUUCCCCGACGUCGCCGCAAAUGGUGCCAACUACGUUGUUGCCAUUGAUGGAGAGUUCGAGCUUGUCUUCGGAACGUCAGCUUCCUCUCCGGUGACUGGCUCCAUCUUGACGCUAGUCAACGAUGCCCGCCUAGCUGCUGGCAAGAGCCCGAUAGGUUUCAUCAACCCUACCAUAUACUCACCCGCCUUUACCGGCGCAUUUCACGACAUAACUACUGGCAGCAACCCUGGAUGUGGCACUAUCGGGUUCAAUGCCACGGCUGGUUGGGACCCAGUAACCGGUCUUGGCACACCUGACUUCCCUCAGUUGGUCGCUAGAUGGUUGGCUUUGCCUUAG